GAGUGCUGCAUAGUGAUGUCAUGCAGCAGCUGUGGUGUGGUGCUGAUGCUGCUGAGCUGCAGAUCUUCAGAGAACAGAGACAAGAGUGGCGAGGCUGCAGGGAACAGAUUCUACCUCACCACAGUGUCUUUGACGGAGAGCAGCAGGAACAUGACCCUCACAGCAUACAGAGAGAAGAUGCGACAGCUCCCCCUGGUGUCCAUUUUCUGCUCCUGCAUCCUUCCUGACCCCAGGGAGCAAACAGCUGACAAGAAGGAAGGCGUAGUGGACUUGAAUCUGUGCAACAUCCGGGACAUGGAGGUCAUAGAGCUGAGCAAGCGAGCGAGCGGCCAGGCCUUUGAGGUCAUCCUGAAGCCGCCCACCUUUGAUGGUGCCCCGGAGCUGAGGGCCACCACGCCUCCUCGUCAGAAACCAUCGCUGGAGGAGAUCCAGAAGAAGCUGGACGCUGCUCAGGAAAGGAGGAAGUGUCAGGAGGCGGAGCUGCUGAAGCACUUAGCUGAGAGGAGGGAGCACGAGCGAGAAGUUGCUCAGAAAGCUUUGACCAAAGAGCGCCAGGAGCAUCGCAUCGACGCAAACCAGCUAAAGAUGCACCUGAAUGCCUCGCAGGAAGAGGACAAACACAGUGUGGAGGUGAGGAUGAGGAGGCUGAGAUGACAAAGGAGGAAUUCAAACACAAUCAUAAUGUGUCUUGAUGGCCUGAUCACAACACAAGCUGAACCUUAUUCAGAAGCCAAUUUUGAGGGCUGUUUACCUGAUUGACGAGCUGGGAAACUGGCGCUGCUCUGACUGGGAGCGUGACUGGAAGGUACCCAGAGCAGAACAAGAGAAAGUGAAGGACUGAGGGACGUUUGACUGCUCCACCAGGACUCUUUAAAGCAACAAACUCCUCGUUUUGAGAAACGCUGCAGAUCCAGUCAUCACUGGAUGGUUUCCUGUGGCUUUACUGUGCUUUGUUGACAUGCCAACAGUGCCAUUGCCUUCAUGUGUGAGUGUGACUGUACAUACACCAACAAGACCCAACACAGCUCAAAGGAAUCAGCAGUGUUGUUUGAAACUCUCCAGAGAGCAACUGAAGCUGGACCACAUCGACCCGACACAGCUGGAGUCUUUGACACGUCAGUUCAGAUAUUCUGACUAAAACUGCACCAUCUCCUGGACAAUUUGAACUACUAGUGGCACCUGUGAGUACUGCUGAAACUCAUGAAACUUACUGUCAGAGUUUCCAAAGUCCAAUCUAUAAAAAGCCUGACGUGAUCUAUCAGUUUGACUGAUUGAAGAUCAUCUUGAAACAGAUUCAGUUAAAAUCAAACUGUUAGGGUUUAUAUCAGCCUUGGAUACUGAGGUGAAGGUCUGAUUUAAAAGGUUAAUACAGGUCCAAUUCUGGUUAUGAAAGAAAAAGCCAAAAAGAAAAACUCUUAGCAUGUAGGCCAGGAUGAAUCUGAAAUUAACCAAUACCUCCAGGAGAAAGUCAAUGCAGUCAAAAAAGGAUGGAGGUCCAAGUAGCUUAGAGACCAGAACAACCUCACACAGUUUCUGAAAGUGAAAGUCCAGACUAGUCCCAAAAACCUUAGAGACUGAGAUGAGGAACAGGACAGAGACCUGAGCCAGUGCUGUCCAGCAACUGAAGACCCGACAGGAGACCCGAGUCAGUGCUGUCCACCGACUAGAGACCUGACAGGAGACCCGAGUCAUUGCUGUCCACCGAUUAGAGACCUGACAGGAGACCCGAGUCAGUGUUGUCCAGCAACUGAAGACCCGACAGAAGACCCGAGUCAGUGCUGUCCACCGACUAGAGACCUGACAGGAGACCCGAGUCAGUGCUGUCCACCGAUUAGAGACCUGACAGGAGACCCGAGUCAGUGUUGUCCACCAACUGGGGACCCGACAGGUGACCUGAGUCACUACUGUCUAGCAACUGAAGACCCGACAGGAAACCUGAGUCAGUGCUGUCCAGCAACUAGGGACCCGACAGGAGACCCGAGUCAAUGCCAUCCAAUUUUACUUCGUCACAGUCUGUUGAAAUUGUCUAAUCAACAUUAUCACAUCACCAUAAAAACACAGUGAUCCUAAUGAAUGAACGAAUUAAUAAACGAAUGAAUCAAUGAA